UUCACAACUGCAUGUGGGCGGGUUAGGGGGCGUUAAGAACGUUACGGUACUCAUACCCGGCAAUUGCGUGCUCUCGUUCUUUUACUCUCUCUCGUUUGGUUGAUAGCGUCGCGCAGUCGCUUCGCGGUUUCCUUUUUGUCAUCGUUGUUAUUGUUAUUGUCGGCUUUUUGCGAAUUUACAUUACUGUUUUACAAUGACCUCCUGGCCGCGUCGCAAUAAACACGCAUCGGCAUCGGAAUUACAUACAAUACUUACUUGCCGCGAGGAUAGUUCAUACAUGUUCAUAUAAAAGCAUAAUUGCUGCCUGCCUUUGGCUUAAUACGUGAUAGGAACUUAACCGUGAAGGUUCCUAAACUAAACAAACCUAAUACAAAAAAGUAAAGGAAAUACAAUAAAUUUCAUUUUUCAAGUGUAAAUAAAUCAUUUCCUGCUGCAGUCACACGAACCCAACAAUAGUUCGUGCUCAUCUAUUUUUCUUACUGGACUGAAAUGAACGCCACCUCGCCAAAGUCCUCGCUGGUCAAGCUGGGCCUGCAUACCAAUAAACAAAAGACACUGAAGGUCAUGGUGCUGGGUCAAAGUGGUGUGGGCAAAACGGCCAUGGUGGUGCGCUUUAUAACCCGCCGAUUUAUUGGAGAAUAUGAUCCAAAUUUGGAGAAAAUUUAUAGCUGCCAAACAACGCUGGACAAUGAAGCGAUACAGUUUGACAUUCUCGAUGCCACUGGGCAGCUGCAUGAACUGGAUGGUGUAAGCCUGGAGUCAAAUAUACGUUGGGCAGACGCAUUUAUACUCGUUUACUCCAUCACUGAUAAGUGCUCCUUUGACGAGUGCAGUCGUCUGAAGUUUCUCAUCAACUACAACAAACGAAGACGCAAAUUGGGUUCCACCAGCAAGUUAUCAUUCUUCCAGGAUUAUACGUUGGAUAUACCCGUCAUACUCGUGGGCAAUAAGACAGAUCAGACUGGCGAUCGCAUGGUCAAUCUGGAUGAGGGACAACGACGAUUUCGUGAGCUCUCCUGUGCCUGCUUUCAUGAGAUUUCAGUUAGGGAGAGCGUUGAUCAGGUGCAGAAUGUGUUCCGCGAUGUGUUUCGCUUUUGGCGUGUGUUCACCAAAUUUCCAAAGCUCAAACGUUCCACCAGCGAUGUGGCCCAUGCCGCCAAUGGCAUCUUAACACCAGACUCCGGUUCCUGCUCCUUUUACGAUUCGACGCCCUUGGGCGUGGCACGUCGCUCGUUUCUAGUCAUUGGCAGCGCUGGCCAAGAGGAGAGCAGCGGGGAUCAUACGGAAUCCACGGAUGACAUUGCCAGCAGCAGUCUGGGCAGCUCCCGCAGCGAUAUCGAUGCUCCGUUUCGUAAUCGUGCCUCCACCGAUGGCACCUUGUUGUCCAGACCGAGACGUUGGCGUUAUCCGCCGCCAGGAUGCUUAUUGCCACACACGAAUCGGGUGGAGCGUCGCAUGAGCAUCUCGACGAGGGGCAGCAAUGCCAGCUACUGACCUGACUUCGAUUUGGUUUAGUUAGUCCAAUUGUUCCGCCAAAUAUAUUUAUAGCUAAUUGUUGAAA